GUCACUUUUAACUACUAACGGGCGCUAUUUUAUGUCAUCUAAGACUUUAUUGCAUCAAACUAUUACUCUUUAUUUGUCCAACUCGUGCUGUAGGCGAGGAAAAGUAACUUUCUUUGGCGUUGAAGUUUCUGCGAGUCGAGUCAAGGACAGAAAACAGGCUUUGCACUGUUUUUGUUUUGCUUUGAACCGAAUGUCUGUUUAAUUUUGUAGCAUUUUAAGAUUAUAGCACUUUUUGCUGACAUAGCUUUGUAAGAACGCCAUGCCUGAUCUGAUGGCGAGGCCUUUAAUCCCAGGAGGAUCUGAAGGAAGAGGCAGCUGCCUGGAAGCCUCCAUGUCUGAUCCAAGAAAUCCGGUGAUAGGAAUCCUGGGUACGGGUGAUUUCUCCCGCUCUCUGGCCAAGCGGCUGAUGGCCGCCGGCUACCAGGUGGUGGUGGGGAGUCGGACCCCCAAGCGAUUUGUGGCUUUGUUCCCAGAGGAGGCUGAGGUGACAACCCAGAUGGAGGCAGCCAGCCAGGCGGAUCUGGUUUUUGUUGCGGUCUAUCCGGAGCACCAUUCCACGCUGGUGUCGCUGAAAGCAACACUGGCUGGUAAAACUUUAGUGGAUGUUAGUAAUGGUUUGCGACUCAACAGAGAUGGGCCGUCCAAUGCUGAACUACUGGCGGACUAUUUCCCGGAGAGCGUUGUAGUCAAAGGGUUUAACACCAUCUCAGCCUGGACGCUCCAAAUGGGCCCUCGAGAUGGAAACAGACAGGUUUUCCUGUGUGGCAACAGUCAGAAGGCCAAGGACUCGGUGAAACAAGUCUGUUGCCGAAUGGGUUUUAUCCCUGUUGAUAUGGGUCUCCUUUCUUCUUCUCUGGAGAUUGAAAACCUCCCUCUUUAUCUGUUUCCCUCCUGGCGCAUCCCCAUCCUCUGCACCUUGUCCCUGUUUGCAUUUUUCUACAUCUACAACUUCACGCAGGACGUCUUACACCCGUACAUCACAUCCAGGAAGAAUGCUUUCUACAAAAUGCCCAUUGACACUGUGAACCUCACCCUUCCGUCGGUGGCCUUGGUGAUGUUGUCGUUAGUUUACCUGCCCGGUUUGUGUGCUGCCUUCCGCCAACUGUGCUCAGGCACGAAGUACAAGCGCUUCCCCAACUGGCUGGACUGCUGGCUGACCACGAGGAAGCAGUUUGGGCUCUGCAGCUUCCUUUGUGCGGUUCUUCACGCCAUUUACAGCUUGUGCCUCCCACUAAGGAAGUCUGCUCGCUUCAAACUGAUCAACAUGGCUUAUAAACAGGUGAAGAUGGGGGUGGAGGACUCGUGGGUGGAUGAGGAGGUGUGGAGGAUGGAGCUGUACCUGUCUGUGGGAAUCAUGGCCCUUGGGCUGCUCUCCCUGCUGGCUGUCACCUCUCUGCCUUCAGUGGCCAACUCCAUCAACUGGAGGGAGUUUAGCUUCAUACAGUCUUCUCUUGGUUACUGUGCCCUGUCCAUGGCAACCGCCCACACACUCAUCUACGGGUGGAACCGUGCCUUCGAUGCGUCCCAGUAUCACUUCUACAUGCCUCCCAACUUCAUCCUGGUCCUGGUGCUUCCCAUCGUGGUCCUACUGGGCCGCCUGGCGCUCUUCCUGCCUUGUGUGGCUGGGCGGCUCAGACGGAUCCGGCGCGGCUGGGAGAGCUGCCGACAGAUCCGCUUCAUGCUGCCGGGGGAGGAGUACCGUAACGGGAUGGAGGACAUCAGUAACGUGUAAGAAGCUCUGGUGUUGGUAGUGUGCACCAAACCCCAGACACGAUUUAAAUAUCAGCACAGAGACAAUCAAAUAUUUAUAUUCUGCUUAUUAGAAGGCGAGUCCUCAGAUGUUCAACUAUUAGACGUCGUUUCAGACUUGUGUGUAGUUCAUAGUUUCUCGAAUCCAGCACUAAACCAGCUUUAGUUCUGCUCAUGUAACCGUUACACUCCAAGAUCCCGUCUUGCAAUCGUAGAAACUAUUUGCUGCAGGUUUUUGUGACAUUGUUUGACUUUCUGAUGCACUAUUGUGAACGAUCAAAGCCUUUCCUUAAAGAGCACUUGAUGAAACUUUUAUUUUCUUCAGACUUCAGUAUCAGUGAGUUGAAGAACUUGCCCCCAACCCCCUUAAAUACCAAACUCUUGUUACGGGGAAGCACUUAUACUACCAGUACCACCGUCAAUGCAACGGCCAAAGGAAGCUACUUGUCCCAAAGAUCUUGUCAGCCUAAAUUAAAAUGUGUUGAAGCUACAAAAAAGAAGAAAAACAACCCCUUGCCCUUUACACCAAUGAAAAACACUUUUAUGUGCAAAUGACAAUAAAUGUGUUGGUCCAGAUUUCGAGUCAGUGCCAAUGUUUCUAGGUUUGUUGUACAGGCUAAUCCAAAGAAACCCAUACAAUAUUUCUGGAAGUUGUCGAUCUGUUCCUUCUAGCAUGGUUUUAGCACUUCAUGGAUAAGGACAAACAUCUGAUUGGUUUAUUUGUAUGGCUGCUUGGUAAUGGUGCUUUCAAAGGAAUGAAGAAAGGAUUCCAUUCAACUUUUCUUUGGGUGCGUUUCUAGAAACACUCUUCUUCUGUUACCAUCCAUCCAUCCAUCUUCUGAACCCGCUUAGUCAAUGUAUGGUCGCAGGGUCUGGUGCCUAUCUCCAGCAGUCAACGGGCAAUUAGGCGGGGUACACCCUGGACAGAGAGCCAGUCCAUCGCAGCUUCUUCUGUUACCUUUUCACUUAAUUAUUUGUCCUUUUGAAGUUGUUUAUUCUAAACAACUAAGUUAAUAUAUAUUUAUGUUUACUAAUAUCUGUUUAAAAGAGCAAUAGUCUAAAAAACAGUUGAUGUUUGAAUCACUGUCUUUAUUUAAUCCAUGCUGCAGUUACCAGUUUGGACCAGCAGGUGCCAGUUUCACCACUUCUUGACACUAAAAAUGUAAACUAGUUUUAAAAGAAGUGACUUAUCAUACUAGAACUAUUUAUAAGUUGUUGUAGAUAUUCUAAUAAGCUGUGAUUUGUCUCAUUGCCUAAAUGUGGCCAGACCAUCUAUUUAGUUCCAAUUAUGGAAGAUAAAAAAACGGGAAGAACCGCUAAAUAGAAUGUGAAGGGUUAUAAUACAAUGUUAACAUAGAUUUAACAUUUAUAUUAAACCAGGUAGGAUUAAAAGUCAAGGUUUGGUUAGAACGGCCGCCGCUAAUCACAAACGCUCACUAAUAAUUUAUAAACCGUCCCUUUUGUGUUUAUUUAGGUAUCAGAUCUGCUGAUGUUUGGCUGGAAUCAUGUUCCUCGUGAAUGUUUUGGUUUAACUUUUUUCUUAGUGGGCUGUUAAAUCAUCUCGAUUGUUUCGUUGCCAGAAACUGUUUUCAGCUACUUGUUAGACGUGUGUUCUGAAUGAAAAUGCAUUUCAGUGGAAGGGUGAGCAUCAACAGAUGUAAAGAUUUUCUUUGGAAAGUGUCGAAAUAAAGAACAUUUUUACAACA